AUGAGACAGGACACGCAGCUAGAGGCCCUGCGCCAAGCUGGUCCUGCCAUCCAGCUGACCUUCCUCGCAGGGCCUGAUGUCGUGCCUGUGAAGCUGGUGCCUGCUAUCCAGGGGGCCCUCAAGCUCUCCAACCAGUGGCUGAGGGAAGACCUGACCCACCUCUCUGACUGGUGGGGCGGGGACCUGGCCGACGAGAAGAGAAGCUUCCUCCGGAAAGUGGCCGCUCUGCAGGAGGUCGGGCCGGAGCUGGUAGCCAAGGGUGGAUUUUGGAGGCUCUCGUUCAGCCACGCAGAGACUGUGCUUCUAAAGGAUGUCGAUGCGGACGGGGGACAGAGAAAAGCAGCUCUGAGACUUCUGAAGUUUGUCAACAAUACAAGAUGGAUGCCAGAAUAUGGCCGAGUCUUGUCUUCCUACCACCUCAAGACCGUUCUGCUGUGGUGCUGUGAAAUCUACCCUCAGAAGGCACAAUGGGAGACCCUGCUGUCCUCCGUGCAGAACCUCUUGAGGAUCCUAACUCACACGCUCACAAAAGGCAACCUGCCUCACUACUUCCUGCGGCCCGUCAACCUCUUCGGCAAACGCUACCAAUCCAGCCCUACCACCUACGGGCCCUUAGCCUUGCAGGCCCUCUGCCAUGAAGCUGAAGUAAUGUUGGUCGAUGUUGUGGGAUACCUGCUUCCGGAUGACCAGCCAGGGGUCCACUGUGUCAGUGAAGACUCUGAAAAGAUGGCAGCUCUCCAGGAGUUUAAAGAAAGGCAUCGGGAAGAGCUGAAGGAACUCAAGAAGAUGGAGGAGGAACGCAUGUAUGAGGAGGUAGAAGUGGGUGAAGGAUAA